UUAGAAACCCACGAUUUCUUUUCUGACAUUAAUCUUGUCUCUAAAACACCAUGAUUUUUUUAGCUCAUGAAGAGUCUAAGAACACGUCCAAAAGAUGCAGAUUCAUAGCUUCAGCCUUGAAGGAUGCACUUUCUCAUUGCCACACCCUCCAUGGAAGGUCGUCUUCUUCGAGCCUGGAGGAGGAGGAGGAUGAGUAUCCAUCCGGCGACAUUGAUGAGGAGCAAGAAGUAAUAGUUCUGGAAAUUCGUAGUCGGGCUAUGGAGGCAAAGAUGAAGCGCAAGGGUCGUCGGAUGACAGAGAGUCUCUGUUGGGCCGUCUCUUCUUCGACUGGAGAAUUGUUCAUGGCUCCAUACCCAAAGGACAUGCAACAUGUAGAAGAUGAUAACAAAGUUGARGACAAUGACGAGAUGGAAACCUUUUUUUCUGCGGAGAGUUGCUUCUCCCGCUGUUCGAGUGCAAGCAGAGAAGUCCUCUUCUCUGCCGGCAGUUGCUUCUCGCGUUGUUCAAGCAUGAUGAGCAAGGUUGAUUUCGGUGAAGCCCGGAGGCGUUCAAUAAUUCAGGAAUUCUGCCAUUGUGAAGGGUGGCCGUUUGGUCUAUGCAGAAAGGCUGUGUUGCUUCCACCUCUUCCCAGAUCUCCUUCGGAAUCAUGGUCGUGGCAUAAAGGCAAUCGGAUUGUGAUUGUGAAGACACAUUAAUACUACGGCUCCGGUGAUUAUUAUUCUUGUUUCCUCUCCCACCUCGGCUGUUUUCCGUUUUCAAAGAAACUCGUCAGAUAAAUAAGUGAUUCACAUAUUGAUAUAAAGACAUCCUUAUCACUCAUGCAAAUUAAUUAAAUAGAGAUUCAACCAGAAUUGAUGAAACGUGUAAUGAAGAGAAGAAA